AUGUCGCACUCCUCACCAGCCAGUUACCUCAUCUGGACGGUGAUGACGGGAUUGCUUGGAGCAUUUCUGUUAUUUCAUUUAUGGUCGUUCGAUCGCUUUAAGUGUCUACGAUGGAAUGGCGCAUAUUCAGGCGCAUUCAAACGCAUCAUGACAUAUUCAUAUCUGGUAACGGUACCCCUGAUAUUCGUCUUUGCGAUGGGCAACAUGAUCAUCAAGUACCGCGAGGGAUUUAUCACUCAUCCUGUUCUUGGAGUUAUUCCGAAACCGUAUCUGCUCUGGGAGCAGUCGGCGAGGGAUAGCAUCUUCCCACUAAUGAUGUUGUUUUCUAUCGGUUGGAGUCUCGAGAUGGUGACCCACUUGGAAGAGCUCUGCUUCUGGCUAUUUUUGGUCAAUUCUGGAUCCGGUCAACAGAACUGGUUCCAGAGUCUGUACUUCAGAACAUGGAUCGUUGGCUCAGUACUCGCAGUCACCUACAUGCCCAUCGUGACAGCCCUCACGCGAUCAGAUCCUCUGAAGAGUGAAGCGUUCACUUUCCUGGCUGGCAGCCUGGGUAGUCUCUCGCUGACCUUGUGGUUCACGCCUAUUCUAUUCACCUUCCCGAGCUUCUUGAACAACCUGCGGGCUGAAGGCGUCGAUACUGCUACUAUCGUACGGUUGACAAAGUUCUCGGAAUUGAAUACCAUUCGCGUUGUCUUUCGAUUCUUGUUCACGAUCCCUCUUCUCAUCCUUGGCGUUGACGGUGUCCGAGACCACAGCCACAUCAACGAGAACAUGCUAUGGACGGACUUCUUGGUCGUCGUGGCUGGCUUCGGAUGUGGUAUUUCGUCGGGAAUCACCCUCGUCAUCUUCUUCCCUCGGUCAAUCGAAGGCGAGAUCGCGGCUAAGGACGCCGCGAAGGAGCGCAAACGUUCGCGGUCAUUCGGCCAGUCGACGGGCACGAACAUGGCUGAUCUCGACUCGAGCCAGCACCAAAUGACCUCGCGCACACAAGCCCAGACGGGCACCGGGAACACGUAUCUGCUAACGUCGUCGCCCGUUCAGCGACCGUACAGCUUGCACAGUUACGAGGAAGCGCCCGACGGUUCGCAGAUCCCAUAUCACCCGGACCUGCACCCAGACAAAGGCGUGUGGGACGACGAGGAGCGGGACAUCCCUGCAGACCUGCCACCGCUCAAGCCACACCGCAAAAAGGGACGCGACAUCGAGAUGGCAAAUGUCGACAACCUGACAGAGACGAAUCUGAAUGUUCACAACUACAGGCAAUCGACGAACGUGAACCCAAUGAUCUCGAAUUUCACGUCCCCCAUCGACCUAGCGUACGGCCCCCCAGCAGGCAACGAAGCCAGGCUCACAUUCCACCGUCGCUGA